GAGAGAGAGAGAGCACGAGGGGAGGGGCCUAGGAAAGUAUGAACUUGUGCAUGACUUGGCUGCAGGAAGCAUUAAGAGGAGCGAAAACUACAGACCAGGGUCUGUCUCCUCACCGCUCCGUCCUUCUGUGUGGACUCACUGGUCGUAUGGCUCCUGCAGGAGGCUCUGGAUCUCCUUUUUGCUCCACUUCGGCUUUAGUCCCACUGCGCUGCUUCACUCCUCAUAGUUGUUGAUUAAAAAGUUUGGAGCCUGAACGCGUGCUGCUCCUCUCUCUCUGUGACUGAGUGACUGAGUGAGUGUGUUUGUGUAUUUUUCACCUCCUGUGCAUAAUUCGGGACGGAAGAGGCGACAGCAGCACCGCAGGAGGACACAGAUCCACUGGACCCAGAUCCAUCAGGAGUUGAGCCGAGAGGAAAAAUGAAAGGCGUCCUGGAUUUUUGUUUGCUUUUCCUCCUGCUGCACACUCCCGGCGCGUUGUCCUUAUCCACAAAUGUAGCCAUCAUCUACCCCCAAGACCCCGUCCUGCGCAUGGGGUCCAACCUGACAGCCAGCUGCUGGGUCCACCCUGACCUGGGUAUCCAUGCCAGCUCUCUGUUCUGGACCCUCAACGGUCAGCAGUUGCCAAGCUCUCUCUACAGAGUUUUGAGCCCGACCAACCUCAGCGUCACGCUAGCUGCACUCAAUGCCUCCAGGCAAAAGUCCGGGGAUAAUCUGGUUUGUCACAACCACAAGAGGCACAUCCUGGCGGGAUCCUGUCUGUAUGUCGGGAUGCCUCCACAGAAGCCAGUCAAUCUGACCUGCUGGUCCAGGAACACCAAGGACCUGACGUGCAGCUGGGCCCCGGGGGGAAAAGGAGAGACCAACAUUAGUACCCAGUACACGCUCAAGUACAAACUCAGGUGGUAUGGUAAGGAGAAGGAGUGUGAAGACUACACUCACACGCAGCCGUACUCCUGCAGCAUCACCCGAGACCUGCACCUCUUCACGCCCUACGAGAUCUGGGUGGAGGCCUCCAACCAGCUGGGCCGGGCCACCUCUGAUGUCAUCACUCUUGACAUCCUAGACGUGGUGACCACCGACCCUCCAGCAGGUGUCACCGUGAGCCGCGUCGGGCAGUUAGAAGACCAGCUGAGCGUUCGCUGGGACGCACCACCGGCUCUCAAGGACUUCCUGUUCCAGGCCAAGUACCAGAUCCGCUACAGACUGGAAGAGAGCCAAGACUGGAAGGUGAUGGAUGAUGUUGGGAACCAGACUUCUUGUAGGCUGGCAGGACUGAGACCUGGGACUGUCUACUUUGUGCAGGUUCGCUGUAACCCUGUGGGCAUCUACGGAUCUCGUAAAGCUGGAAUCUGGAGCGAGUGGAGUCACCCCACUGCUGCAUCCACACCGCAUAGUGAACGGUUCCUGUCUGGCUCCUGCGACUCCAAGUCCAGUGGCGAUUCCAACUCCACCCUGCGUCGGGAGCUGAAGCAGUUCUUUGGCUGGGUGAGGAAACACGCCUACGGCUGCAGUAGCAUGUCCAUGAAGCUGUACGAUCAGUGGAGAGUGCUGAUGCAGAAAUCCCACAAAGCUCGCAACCAGGUAGGUUCUCCAAGGGGAUAAAUCCUAGCACAUGCUGCCUUCACAGGCACAAAACAAGGCAAGAAAUGAACUGUGUGUGUGUGUGCGUGUGUGUGUGUGAGAGAGAGAUCAACUAGAGAUUGUAUUUCAUAUAUGGGAAAUAUAAAGACAAUUUGUUCUGGACGUUUUGUGUGGAAACCGGUGAUCGGGGUGAGAGAGAAAUUCCAAAAGAAAAAAAAAACUGUGGGAUUUUCUUCCUCAACUGCAUCAUUUUCCAGCUGGGAAAGAGGAAAAGAGAAAGUGGAAGGGUCUUGUCUGUCCCGGUGUCAUGUCAAGCUACUAAGAAAAAAAGUAUAGCGAAAAUAACUUGGAUAUCGACAACGACAUUCGACAUGCGUCUGUAACACAGAGGUGGUUGAACAACAGAUCCAAGUAAAACAGAAGAACCCCCCCCCCCCUCACCCUUCACCCCCCCCCAAAAAAAAUCUUCUGGGACCUUCUUGUGCUUUUUCAUGUGGAUUCAAUGCGCCAUCUAGUGGCUGAACAUCAAGAAACACAGACAUGAUGAACAAAUGAUCCUUCAGUAUUUUUGUUUUCCAAGUCAUGCUUUGUUAUAGUCUUUGUGGAUUAUGUGCCAAACUGGUUCACCCAGGAUUCUUCUCAGCAUGUGUGUGUGUGUGUGUGUCUGUGUGUGUGUGUGUGUGUGUGUGUGUGUAGCUGUUUGGGUGUGGAAACUCUUCACUGCCUGUUUGUUGUUUUUUUAUUAUUAUUAUUUUUGUACUGAGUUGAACCAGCAUAUUUAAAACUGUAUAAAGUUAUGUUUUAUUUCCUAAGUUAUGGUCUAAUUAUGUUAGUUAAAAGUUAAAAGAAAUAUCAAUGACUGAAGUUGUUAUCUGUGUCUACUGCCGAGCUAUAAAAAUAUGGUCUUAAAAUAAA